CUCGGCUUCUUUGUACUCUUCUACCCGGCCGGCCCCUUUCCUUCCUCCUCAACCCUCUCGCAUCGCAUCGCCAGCGAUUUCCUCUCCUUUUCCUCCUCCUCCUCUGACGGCCACUCUCCGCCGGAGGUGAGGUUGGGUUUGCAGGAAGGAGGCGUCGGGCUUUCUCCCCGGCGCGCCUCCAGCCCAGCCCAACAGAGGCAAGAUUGGGACUGAGAUGGAGGGAGGCGGCGGCGGCGGGCUGGGCACGAUGCGGGCGGUGCUGGCCAUCCUGCAGUGGUGGGGAUUCAACGUCACCGUCAUCAUCACCAACAAGUGGAUCUUCCAGAAACUAGACUUCAAGUUCCCUCUGACGGUCUCCUGCGUGCACUUCAUCUGCUCCUCUAUCGGGGCCUACAUCGCGAUCCACGUGCUCAAGGCGAAGCCGCUCAUCCAGGUCGAGCCGGAGGACCGCUGGAGGAGGAUCUUCCCCAUGUCGUUCGUAUUCUGCAUGAACAUCGUGCUGGGGAACAUCAGCCUGCGCUACAUCCCGGUCUCCUUCAUGCAGACCAUCAAGUCAUUUACUCCCGCCACCACAGUUAUUCUGCAGUGGCUGGUUUGGAGCAAGCACUUCGAGUGGCGCAUAUGGGCCUCGCUUGUCCCUAUAGUUGGGGGGAUACUCCUAACUUCAAUGACAGAGCUUAGUUUCAACAUGUUUGGUUUCUUUGCUGCCAUGGUUGGCUGCCUCGCCACCUCUACAAAGACCAUCCUGGCAGAGUCCCUGCUCCAUGGCUACAAAUUUGACAGCAUUAACACAGUGUACUACAUGGCACCCUUUGCUACCAUGAUACUGGCUCUACCAGCAAUGCUGCUUGAAGGAGGCGGUGUAAUCGACUGGUUCUACACACACGACUCGAUUGUUUCUGCACUGGUUAUCAUCCUAGGCUCAGGGGUGCUUGCGUUUUGCCUUAACUUCUCCAUCUUCUACGUGAUCCAUUCAACCACCGCGGUGACCUUCAAUGUUGCUGGCAACCUUAAAGUUGCUGUUGCGGUACUGGUGUCGUGGUUGAUCUUCCGGAACCCGAUCUCCCCCAUGAAUGCAAUUGGAUGCGCAAUCACACUCGUUGGCUGUACUUUCUAUGGGUAUGUGAGGCAUCUGAUCUCCCAACAGCAAGCUGCCGCCCCAGGGAGCCCAAGAACCAAUUCGCCAAGAAGUCGGGUGGAGAUGCUCCCCCUUGUAGGCGAGAAGCAAGACAAGGUUUAGCAAGACGAAUACUAUCAUAUCAUACCCAAGAGGCAUUCCAUUUCGGCGGUUGAUGGUACCACUACGGUCUGGCAUACAGAUGCUACGUUGGGAGAAGCCAAUGUCUGGUAGGGGCAAUACUUUCUUGUGAGGCUGCUUAUGUUGUAUUUAGGCAAAACUAUUAGUUUUGUGAGUUAUUCUGAUUCUCAUAGGGUUGUCAGUUAUUAGCUUAACUAAACCCUGGAGGAUUCGUGAUUACCACGGUGCUUUUGUUUUCUUGUUUUGCUUCCAUAUGUUUAGACCUUAGGUUGUUGGUAUGAAAAUCAAUAGCAUUACCAUAUUCAUCA